ACCCAUUAAAACUCUCAGGCUGAGAAUCCAUCAGGCCCUAGGCUCAGCCUGGCCCCCUCCACAUGGCAAUGGAGGCUCUGUGAUCAAGGAAAGUACAACUGAGACAGUAACAGGCCUCUCUGCUCUGCGGAGGAAGGAGGGAGGGUUAUUCUGACCAGGGAAAAACGGAAAUGCUCUCCUCCCCCAAUCCCAGGAUACUGGGGACACGGGUUGGGGCCCUUCCACGUUUGCAGGUGACUGCCAGCAGGCAAGAGAGCACUCCGCUCCCUGGGUCCAGCAAAGGCUACUGUCCCCUGGCAUCAAGGCUUCCCUGGGUGGGUCCCCUCAGGGUGCAGGGAGAGCCAGGCGCCCUCACACAGUCUGCCUCCACCCCAAGGCCAACACAAGUUGGGUCUUUUUGCUGCUGGGCCAACUCCACAAUGCUCCAGGCUACGAUGGGCGAUGGGCAUGGAGCCAGCCCAGCAGAUGGUGCCUGGGUGGUCCCGGUGGGCUCCCUGCGAGCCUCACUGAGAACCACGCAGCCCAAAUAUUUAGCUCACGACUUGCAUGCGCCCACGAGUGGCCACCACUAGAACUUUAUUUCAUUCAACGUACGUGCGCUUCGAACUCCAUGCCACCUCACCCUUUGCUGCUCCGCUGUGGCCUCCCAGGGCAUCCCCAGAGCACACCACUGUCCUGAGGGAAGGCGUGCGCCGGUGCUUGCAGCUGCAGUGCGAGCAGACAGUGCGGAUCCUGCACGCCAAGGUGGCCCAGAAAUCAUACGGAAAUGAGAAGCGGUUCUUCUGCCCCCCGCCCUGUGUGUACCUCGCGGGUCCUGGCUGGAGGGUGAAGCCAGUGCCGGGCCAAGCCCACCCAGCAGGGGAACCGGGGCCCACUGUCUGCGGUUACAUGGGACUGGACGGCGCAUCCGGCAGCGCCGCCGAGACGCAGAAGUUAAAUUUCGAGGAGCAGCCCGACUCCAGGGAAUUCGGUUGCGCCAAGACCCUGUACAUCUCCGACGCAGACAAGAGGAAGCACUUCCGGCUGGUGCUGCGGCUGGUGCUCCGAGGGGGCCGCGAGCUGGGCACCUUCCACAGCCGCCUCAUCAAGGUCAUCUCAAAGCCCUCACAGAAGAAGCAGUCGCUGAAAAACACCGACCUGUGCAUAUCCUCGGGCUCCAAGGUCUCCCUCUUCAACCGCCUGCGCUCCCAGACGGUCUCCACGCGCUACCUCUCCGUGGAGGACGGGGCCUUCGUGGCCAGUGCGCGCCAGUGGGCUGCCUUCACCCUCCACCUGGCUGAUGACCAGUCCUCCCAGGGGGACUUCCCACCUCGAGAGGGCUAUGUCCGCUAUGGCUCCCUGGUGCAGCUGGUCUGCACGGUCACGGGCAUCACCCUACCUCCAAUGAUCAUCCGCAAAGUAGCCAAACAGUGUGCACUCCUCGACGUGGACGAGCCCAUCUCCCAGCUGCACAAGUGUGCACUCCAGUUUCCUGGGGGCCCUCCUGGAGGCGGCGGCACCUACCUGUGUCUCGCCACAGAGAAGGUGGUGCAGUUCCAGGCCUCCCCCUGCCCCAAGGAGGCGAAUAGGGCGUUGCUCAACGACAGCUCUUGCUGGACCAUCAUAGGCACCGAGUCGGUGGAAUUCUCCUUCAGCACCAGCCUGGCGUGCACCCGGGAGCCGGUCACCCCGGUGCCACUCAUCAGCACCCUCGAGCUGAGUGGUGGGGGUGACGUGGCCACGCUGGAGCUCCACGGUGAGAACUUCCACGCGGGGCUCAAGGUGUGGUUCGGGGACGUGGAGGCCGAGACCAUGUACAGGAGCCCGCGGUCCCUGGUGUGCGUGGUGCCGGUGGUGGCCGCCUUCGGCAGCGACUGGCGCUGGCUGCGCACACCCAUCACGGUGGCGGUGAGCCUGGUGCGCGAGCUGGAGAGCAUUCACCGCGAGUUCACGCGCACCAACUUCCACCUCUUCAUCCAGACCUAG